UUUAGUAUUGGGACCAAAGUUUUCACCAUUCAUUCUCUGCCCAGUUGUUACGAUUUCCGUUUUGUGCUGCCGCCAUUUUGGAUUGAGGCUUGCCUUAUUGUGGUAGAUGGUGUUAGCUAGCAAACUGGCCUUAGCGCCGGUGAACGAUUAAUGCGUGUUUAUGGGAUAUCAAGUAUCGACGGACGCGUUAAAUAGUCGCCUUAUCCGCAUUAUUUCUUAAGUUGGUUAAAUUAAACGUUAACAACUCUGCUUGGCUCUUUGUCCGCCCGACCUAGAACACAGCAUCUGCAGUAGAGCAGAUGCGCUAACUAGCUAAGUUAGCAUCCCAAACUAACCGCGGUAUAUCGGGCCAUCAACAUCAGUUUGCACGGCCGCUCUCAGCACUUCUGUGUUUAUAGUUCAUGCAGUGAGACAAUCUGUGUCAACAUAGUCACAGGACCCAUCCGAAGGAGAGAUGUAUCAGGUCCCAGUGAAUAACCUUACAAGAAUAAGAAGAGCAAGAAAACAAGUGAAAAACGUACUUGGGGACAUUGGCCUGGAGUUUUGUAAGGAAGCAGCUGAGGAAUUUAAAGAGUUUUGCCCUGAUGAGCAGUUUGUGAAAAGCAGUCUUUGCCUUGAUAUCUGUACAUGGGAUCCAUCAUUUUCAAAAACCCAGGACUACAGAUCAAAGCCAUUUUGCUGCACAGAGUGCCAUUUUUCCUCCAAGUACUACUCAGGCUACAAGAACCACUUCCGCAAUGUACAUAGGAACAUUUUUGAGAGCAAAAUAUUGCUUAACUGUCCGUAUUGCACAUUUACUGCCAACAAGAGAACUUUGGAGACACACGUCAAAAUAUUCCACGUACCCAGUUCCUCACGGCAGAACCAUGGGAGUUUACAGAAGUCUCUCCCUCAGAAGAUUUACAAAUCACAGUUUGAUCUCAACAGACAAGGAGAUGGAGUGCAGAGACCAAUGUACUUUUGCAAGAAAUGCACAUUCCGGGACAGUCUCUACAAUAUUGUGAGACGGCACAUUUAUAGGGAACAUUUUAAGCACAUUGUUGCACCCUAUCUUAGUAUGGUUUCUGAAUCAUCUGUUAAAAAUGGUGCUAGUCCUGUUACCGGUAACAACAUCCUCUGUAAACGCUGCCAGUUUUCCACCCGGAGUUAUGAAGCAUUAGUUCAACAUGUGAUAGAGUACCAUGAACGCAUUGGUGCUCAGGUAACUACAAUGAUUGGACAUGCUAAUGUUAUUGUCUCCAGGUCACAAACCUUACCAGUAUCUUCUAUGACUGUUAGCAGGAGCAAUCCAGUUAAAGCAGAAUCAACAGCACAGUCAGUAAUUGGCUAUUUAAAGCCACCUGCUAUUAAGAAUCAGUCUUCUUUUGUAGGCACUCAGGCACGUGUCUUAGUUUCAGGCAAGAGCUCUGUACCCAACACCGGUAAAGGUGUGAAUACAGCCCAGACACAGAAGUGGAAGAUAUGCACAGUUUGCAACGAGCUUUUCCCUGAAAACCUCUACAGUGCUCAUUUUGAGAGUGCGCACAAGGCCAAGAAAGUGUGGGCUAUGGCUAAGUACAUCAUGAAAAUCCACAACUUUACAAGCAAGUGUCUACUUUGUAACCGCUACCUUCCCAGUGACACGCUGCUAAAUCACAUGCUUAUUCAUGGACUCACCUGUCCACAGUGCCACUCUGCUUUCCAUAGUAUUGAAAGAAUCAUUGAGCAUGUGGCCCAGAGUCACCCUGAUGACUUUGCUGGACCCCCUGGUGCGACACCACUCACAUUUGAUCUAACCAUUAAACAAGGCAAAACCAAGAAUGUUCAGCUUGUUGUCCUUACGUUUAACAUGAAGGAAUCUGCCAAUGGUCAAGAUCAGCCUGCAUCGGCUCAAAAUAGUGCACCAUCUAUGAUUAAGCUUGCGGCUCCUAGAAUAGUUGAGAACAAUACUGAACCUCUUAGAACCUUACCAAUGACAACAACUCAAAAGAGUGAAGUAGGAAAAACGUUGUGUCCACUGUGUUUCACCAUCCUCAAAGGUCCAAUCUCUGAAGCCUUGGCCAUGCAUUUGAGGGAACGGCACCAAGUGCUCCAAACAAUGCAUCCUGUGGAGAAAAAGAUGACAUACAAGUGUAUUCAUUGCUUAGGAGUUUACACCAGUAACAUGGUGGCUUCCACAAUAACACUGCACCUUGUUCAGUGCAGAGCUGUUGGCAGAAACCAGGGAAACCAAGGUUUCAAGUCUGCUUUGACUCUCAACUCUUCCGGUGCUGGUUUCCUAAAGAGGCAACCAGCAGCACAGGCUACAUCUAGUCCCAAGAAAAUGAAGAUCAGCAAAGAUACAAAGUAUACUGGGAGUCAAUCUGACUUGGAUGGUCUUGCUUUAGAUCCCAGAAGCUUUGAGCAUAAGACUUAUGAGGCUAGAAAGAAUUUCCUGACUGCCUACUUUAACCACAGACCAUACCUUUCUGCUGAGGAAGAGGAAAAGCUGUCUGCAAGUCUUUGGUUGUGGAAAUCUGAUAUUGCCAGUCACUUUGCAACCAAGCAGAACAUGUGUGAAAAACAGUGCAAGUCUAAAAAAUUAUCUGUGUUGCUUGGCUUUGACAUGCGUGCACUCAGGCAGGUGAAGCACAACUUGGUCUUUGAUGAGGGAGAUAGUGAGACUUCUUCCCUCAACAUUUCUGGGGGCAUCAGGUUGGGCAAAGCUAGUGCAGAAAAAACCAAGUCAAUUGAGACGAUAAACUGUGACUCAAAAUUUAGCACAGUCACGGAGACCAUCUCUCUUGAUUCAGACAGUGAAUCAGAAAUUGUUGACGAGCCUGUUUCAAAUGGAAAUGUUGACACAAAUGAACAGAAGACAACAGUAGAAGAUACAGAAAACUUACCAGAAGAGGUGAAUUGUGUAAAUGAAGAUGAUACCUCUAAAGAGAAUGAGACUCCAUUGCAAGAAAAGGAAUCAGAUGCUUGUGUGGCUUCCUUUUAAUGCACCUGCUUUUUGGCAUGCCUGAGUUGAGGAUCGGUUUAUCUGACGAGUUCUGUUACCACAAAAUGGUAGAAAAACUUUUGCCACACAAAAAUUGAUUUGUUGGAAAGACAUGGUAGCUAAUAUAUAUCAUGCAUUCAUCUUUAUACUGGUAUAUAGGUGUAACUGACUGUAAAUAUAGUAUUAGCUAUUCUUAUUCUUGAUGGGAUCUGUUAUUGAGGAGAUAUUGGUCACAAUAUUUAAGCUGGUAUGAUCUUCCUAACCUUUUGUUUCAUCUGUGACAAAGAUGUAGAAUGUUGUCAUUUCUCAUCUAGAAAGUUAAAUGCUAAUGUAAAUAUUUUUAAUAAAUGGUUUCAUAAAAAUAUUUCUACACUCCAGUGUGUAAAGAGUCUAAAAAAUGCUACAAAUACUGUAAAGAAUAUGGACAUUAGAGGUUGUUUGGGCAAACGAUUUAUUUGAAAUUGAAAUUGGUAAACUUCUACCUACAGGAUGGACACAUCCCGUGGAACUUUCUAGUCUGGCGUAACAUUAAGAUGUAAAUUGAUUUAGGCAGGAUGUUGUUGAAGGCCAAGCAGAGAAAUACACAGCCUGCCACCGUUGCUUUAAGUUAAUGACUUCUCAGAUUGCCAUUUAAACAGCAUUCGGCCACGAGGACUAGGUGGAUGGUGGCAUUGCAGUUAGUUGACAAAGAUGACCUUAUCUAAAAUAAUCUUGCUUAAAUUGAAAGAACACACACCAAGAGGACAGAAACAUUGCAUACAGCAGUGAAUACUUUCGGUGACUGUAAAAGAGGAUUGUAUGGGUUAUGCUAUUAUGAAUCCUGCAUACUUUGGUUUUUUUGUUUUUGUUUUGUUUUGUUUUGUUUUUGUUUUUUUCUUGUUUUGUUUUGUUUAUGGAAAACUGAAUACUAUGCUUUAUGGUUGACACUAAAAUAAAAUCCACCUCCAACUA